GAAGAUCGAGUCCUUUUCUUUGUGGCAAAGGAAAGCUUUUCCCCGUAAGAUAAUAGAAAGAGACGAGAAGGGGGACGGAUAAAAACAGAGGAAGCUUCUCGCAAUCGGUGGAUCAAAACAACAAGAAAUUUUCCGAAUUUCUCUUCAGCGUUGGUGAGACAGGUCUCCGUUUCGGUUUCGCUCCAGCUGAAUAAAAAUCCACCGACUGUUUGGUUUUUCCGAGGAAGAAGAUGAAGAAGAUCUUCGGCGUCAAGAAAGAAAAAGAGCCCCCUCCUUCCGUUAAUGAUGCCUCCGACAGGAUCAAUAAAAGAGGUGAUACUGUUGAUGAAAAGAUCAAAAAGCUCGAUGCUGAACUUAGUAGAUAUAAAGAACAGAUAAAAAGAACAAGACCUGGUCCUGCUCAAGAAGCUGUUAAAGCUCGAGCCAUGAGGGUUCUUAAGCAAAAGCGAAUGUAUGAAGGACAACGGGACAUGCUGUACAAUCAGACAUUCAAUCUUGAUCAAGUUGCCUUUGCCUCUGAGGGUAUUAAAGAUGCUCAACAAACUAUGUCAGCUUUGAAAUCUGCAAACCAGGAGUUGAAAGGAAUGAUGAAAUCUGUGAAGAUCCAAGAUAUUGAUAACAUGCAAGAUGAGAUGAUGGACCUAAUGGAUGUCAGUAAUGAAAUUCAAGAGACCCUGGGUAGAAGUUAUAGUGUGCCGGAUGACAUUGAUGAGGAAGAACUCAUGGGUGAGCUUGAUGCUUUGGAAGCGGACAUGGGAAUGGAAACUGAAUCUGAUGGGAUGCCCUCUUAUCUUCAACCUGAUAAAGAACCCGAUUUGGAUUCAGAGCUUAACUUGCCUUCAGCACCCUCGGGGCAAGCCAUUCCAGCUGGCAGAUCCCAUGCCCAGGCUGAGGAUGAAAUGGGUUUACCGGCUGUCCCUCGGUCAACUAUUCGGGGUUAGAAAUUCUGGAUGUAUGUCCGAGACUCUCUUGUGCAUCGAUUCAUAAUUUGCGUGGAGCAGCAGCCUCUUGUAAACAUUGUGCAGAGCUGGAACUUUGAUUGAUCUAGUGGUUUAUCUUUUGUGGUUGGUUAUUACCUAUAUAUAUAUACAGAAAAAAAAUGUAUCUUUUAUGGUUGGCUGUUUCCUUUGUAUUGGAUUUCCAUCGUGAACGCUGCUACAUGUAUUCCCCCCCCCCCAAAAAAAAAAAAAAUGAAAGAAAGGAGAUGCGGGAGAAAUAGAAACUUGGUGUAGCGCAAUGCAUAUGAAAGGAAGGAUUAAGAUGUGAAUUCUAAACA